AUGCCAAUGGAUGAAGCUUCAAGAUUUGUGACCAUCGCGCCAGAUGGUGGCGAUUCGCCUGGUCCAAAGUCGGUGAUGCCUGAUUCCGAAGUUGACGCCUUGUUGGAUGAAAUAGCUGCAAAGCCACCGAAACCAACGCACUCUAAAGCCGCAUCCAGUGUUGGCGGCCAGGCGCAGAAACUGGUGCAGGAAAAGGCUCAAGAACAAAUCAAAGAGAUGCAGCUAGCGGCCAGUGCGGUCGGCAUCAACAAGUUGUCUGCCAGAGAGCUGCAGCUUCUCAGAGGGGAGGUGGAGUUCAGUGGCUUGGGUACUGGUGGUCACCGUGCUAAGUACAUCAUCGCACCUCCAGAGAUGGAGAGUGCAGAUGAAAUCUUGCGCUGGAUGUUUGUUCGCCAAGAUGGAUGGCGCUUGAAGCCUCCAAAUCUCUUACUGUCUUGCUAUGGCGGGAGGGAUCACUAUGUCAACUGGGCCAAUUCACCAACACUUCGAAACCGAGAGGCCUGGGCCACGUCCACUGGCGCUGCUCAGGAUUGGCAGUUCAGACAGAAGUUCACCAGCCGAUUGUCAGAGAUCUCAUCAGGUGUUUGCCAAGCUGUGACGGAAUGUGGGGGAUGGUUUGAUCUGGGCACUGGACCUAGAGGAGGCUUGAACGAAGUCUUGAUGGACGGCUUAAAGGUCUAUUGGUCCGCUUUUGGAUGCUUGGCAGGACACAAGACCGACAACGUGGUAUUCUGUGUGCGCUUUCUGCAGGACACGGAGUUCAAGGAAACCUUUCUCCAGUGUGCACAGGCUGUGCCUGCAUCUGGCCCUCCUGACAAGCAGGAAGAAUUGAAGGAGCGAGUGAUGUACCCAUCUGUCAACAGUCAGUUGUUUCCAGAGCUUGGAAGCGAUCCGAAAGCGGCGGCCAGUGAGCAGGAUCUCCGGGGCUUAGAUCCGGAUGAAGAAGACACAGGGAAGAGUGCCAAGAGUGUUGCUGACUUGGAGCUAGAGGUGCGUGCCCAAAUCACGAGGCGCUUUCUCUGCAAUGCUCUUACUCACAUUAUCUUCGUCCAAAGUCAGCAAACAUUGGACAGACUAAGAAUCAAGCUCCGCUCUUUGGCUACCCGGGCAUCAAUUUUUGCGAAUGGGAAUGAGGCUCUCAUUCAACCUGGUGUGGAUGGUAAGAUUUUGAUGGAGGCAGUGUCAGGCGUGCCCAUCGUGUGUCUUCACAACACAGGGGGCGCGGCAGAAAUGUUGGGCGCUGCAGUUCUUAGGAGACGCCAGCCCCAACAUGCUGAACACUCCAAGUUUAUGUACGGGUAUGACCUUCCGGAAAAUGUGCCUGACGAUCAGUUCCUGAUCCUGAAUCCAGCAAAGGAUUCAGUUGAAAAGGUCAUCAACAAAUUGACGCUCGUUCUGUCGACGGUCCAAGAUGAUGAAAUGAUGGAGAUUGGUUUUGCCAAGAGCGAAGAGAAUCGGCUUCGAUAUGCUUGGGAACAAUAUUUGCUCUAUGCCUACAACGCGACGAUUUUCCGAAGAAGAGCUAGAGUCCUCCAGUACAGUGCCCUGGUACUUUCGGUUGUGGUGACCCUCGUUGCCAUCUUGUAUCGCGAAAGCACGACGAACCCAAACUCACCUUUGCAACAGGAAGAGCUCCGAGUGAGUCUGCUGGUCUUGCCCUGCGUCAGUGCGUUCAUUCUGACCGCAAUCAGCCGAUUGAACUUCGUGAACAAAUGGGCAGCUUUGGAAAGCGGCGCUGUAAAUGUGAAGAGCGAGAUCUAUCAGUACCGCUGUCGUGUGCUAUAUUACCAGCCCCGGAAGUCCAACGACAUGGACAUCGAAGAUCGCGUGGAGGAGCUUUGCGACAGUCCUCCCAGCACUGCUGACCUAGCCACGCUAGCGGCUCUGAAGAAGAGGCAGAAGAAGGCUGAGGCAACAGCCCCGAAGGGAACAACUCGUCGAGGCACCUUCUCUGCAGCCUUAGCCCAAAUCAACUCGGAUGCCACAGGCUCUGACGUUCGGGCUGAUUACUUGUCGAUGCCGCCAGCUUCAGCCAUGACUAAACUUCAGGCGAACUUCUAUGACUGGGACAAGGUCCUUGCCUCCUACAAAGCGCGCACCUCCUCCACUUCCUACUUGUGUUGCAAGAGGCUCUGCAAUCCCUGUAGACGUCCUUCUGCGAAGGUUAUGGAUGAGGAAGGCCCAUGGAGUCAGGUUGGCAGCGAUUUCCACCCAAACCCCUUUGCAAUCGACGACGACUAUUUGAAUGAUGAUGGAACAUCUCUGGUGACGGCCGAGGACUACAUCCAUUUCAGAUUCUUACCCAUGCUUCAGUACUACUCUUGGCGUAGCCGUGACCUUUCAAGGAAGGUGUUGGUUCUUCAAGUCUUGACCUACUUCCUGACUGCAGCACUGGCGGCUGCAACCCCGCUCGGCUACGAAGCUUGGAUACCAGUGCUGGUGUCCUUCAUCUCCUUUUUCACCGGGAUCAUGGAAUUUGAGGCCUUGUCGUCUCAACUUCGCAAUGUCAAUCAAUCUUUGGAGUCGCUCAAGAACCUUCAUUUCUGGUGGCAGAGCCUCUCAAUGGUCGAGCGACGAAUGCCCUCCAACAAGAACGAACUCGUGGCUUGCACAGAGGCGACGGCUGACAGCGAGAUUUCUGCAUGGAAGAAGACAUUGAAAGUCAAGAGUGUGACAUCUGGAGGUUCAAACGGCGAAGAGGAGGCUGAGGAGGAUUCGGAUU